CAAACGGCAAAGGCGACAAGGAGGAGGAGGAGGCAGAAGGCUGCCGGUGCGUGCCAGGCACGUGUGUGUGUGCGUGUGUGCCAGUCGGCGUGCAUAGUAGCGGUAGCUCGACACACGCGCGGUGGCAUACACACAAAGCGCUGAUAACGCGCGCACACGAAGACGCACACGUGGUGCCUUCAUUCAUUCUCUCUUGCGGCACACGUGUGUGCGUGUCUGAGCGGGACGGCGCUGUGGAUAUCGUAGGAGGUGGGUACACGGGACACCAUCAGAGUUGAACCACAGGGACACCUCAACUGACCUCAAGCCCAGCGCUGUGGCUGGGGCAAGGCAGACGCGGCAGGGCAAGGUCAAAGGUAGAGCUGGAGCAAGGUGGAGCAUCAGCUGCUCCAGGAUGCGGUGGAGAACGCGACAACAGCAGCAGCAGCAGCGUCACCGAUGGACAACGAAGGCGGCAGUGAGCGGAGGUCGCCUCACCGGAGCGGCCCUCGCCGUGCUCGCUUGUCUCGUGAGCGUGCACGCCGAGCGACACAUCCACAGAUUCCCGUCGGAAAACCCCGCGUGGCCUCUCAACCACCUCGCGGUGCACGAGCGCACGGGCGCCGUGUACGUGGGCGGCGUGAACCGCGUGUACCGCCUGGCGGGCGACCUGCGGCUGGGACGCGCGCACGAGACGGGCCCCGCGCGCGACAACCGCGACUGCUACCCGCCGCCGAUGGUGGAGGCGUGCAGGCGCGAGCCGGCGCCCACCGACAACGUCAACAAGCUGCUGCUCCUCGACUACGCGGGCGACCGACUGCUGGCGUGCGGCAGCGUCUACCAGGGCGUGUGCCAGCUGCUCAAGCCCGACGACCUCUUCAAGCUCGGCGAGCCCAUGCACCGCUCCGAGCACUACCUCUCGAGCGUCAACGACAGCGCCACGAUGUUUGGCUUCGUCGUGCCGCGGCGCGGCGGCGGUGGCGGCGGUGCUGGAGGAGGAGGCGGAGGAGGGGGGCGGACGGUGGGCGAGGACGGUGGUGGCGCGGUGCCGGAUGAUCGCGCGGCGGCUGCGGCAGCGGCGGCGGCAUCGGAGGACGAUUCGACGCGCGCGACGCCGCGGCCGCCGUUUCCGUCGGACGCGUCGAACGUCGGAUCGACGACGAUCACCCAGCAGCAGCAGCAGCAGCAGCAGGAGGGGUCGGAGCGGCGGCCGCGGCAGGACGAGUCGAGCGGCGAGAGCGUGCUGUUCGUGGGCACCCCCGUGGGCGGCAAGGUGGACUACUUCCCGACGCUGUCGAGCCGCACGCUGAAGAGGGACGCGGAGGACGCGGACAUGUUCGGCUACGUCUACCACGACGAGUUCGUGUCGUCGCAGCUCAAGAUCCCGUCGGACACGUUGUCGUCGUUCCCGGGCUUCGAUAUCUACUACGUCUACGGCUUCCAGAGCGGCGGCUUCGUCUACUUCCUCACGGUGCAGCCCGACACGAGGAAGCUGUCGAGCGACGCCGAGCGGAGGUCGCACUUCGCCUCCAAGAUCGUGCGUCUGUGCGAGGGCGACACUCACUUCUACUCCUACGUGGAGCUGCCCAUCGCCUGCGUCAAGGACGGUGUGGAGUACACCUUGCUGGAGGCGGCCUUCACCGCACCGCAGGGGGCCGGCCUGGCGGCGUCGCUGGGCCUCGACGUGACCGAGGACGUGACGCUCGCCGUGUUCUCGCGUGACCGGCGAGACCGUUCGAGUCCGCCGGGCGACACGGCGCUGUGCGCCUUCCCGCUGCGCGACGUCAACCGCAGGAUCCGCGAGCGCAUCCGGGACUGCUACCUGGGGCAGGGUCGCCUCGAGCUGGGCUGGCACAUCAAGAAGGACAUACCUUGCUGGUACGCGCCGGUGAAGAUCGAGGAGGACUUCUGUGGCCUGGACACGAACCAGCCCCUGGGGGGUCUCUCGCGCAUCGAGGGGGUCCCGCUCCUCGCGGCCGAGCCCGGCGACGGCAUGACGUCGGUCAUCUCCUACGUGCACGGCAACCACACGGUGGUGUUCGCCGGUACGGCCGGGGGCAGCCUCAAGAAGAUCCGCGUGGACGGGGCGUGGGAGGGCGGAGCGGUGCUCUACGACGAGCUGCGCGCCUCGCCCGGGGAGCCGCUGCUCCGCGACAUGGCGUUCGCGCCCGACCGCCGCCACCUCUACGUCCUCUCCGCGAAGCAGGUGAUGCGCGUGCCCGUGGAGACGUGCCACCGCUACGUGGACUGCGGACAGUGCCUGGGGUCCGGAGACCCCCACUGCGGGUGGUGCUCGCUGCACAACAUGUGCUCGCGGAGGGAGCUGUGUCCACGCGCCGAGGAGCCCAGGAGGUUCGCGGAGUUCCCUGCGGAGUGCGUGCGCCUUCACGUGCGGCCCGUCAGCGUCUCCGUCAGUGCCUCCAGCGUGCCGCUCGUGAUCACGGCGGAAAACGCCCCCGAGCUGUCGGGCGGAGUGAACUGCACGUUUGGCGGUCACGCCGAGGUGGAGGGGCAGCUCGGCGAGGGCAGCAUCACGUGUCUCUCGCCGUCACACAAGCAGAUCCAGGGCAUCGCCAUCCAGCCCGAGGGCACGAGGGUGGUGCGCCUGCAGCUCCGCUCUCGCGAGACGGGGCUCGAGUUCGUGGGGACCGACCUCACCUUUUUCAACUGCAGCGAGCACGAGUCGUGCCUGUCUUGCGUGGGGAGCCCCUACCCCUGCCACUGGUGCAAGUACCGUCACGUGUGCACCGACAACCCGCACAGCUGCACCUUCCAGGAGGGCCGCGUCAACGUGUCCGAGCUGUGCCCCCAGCUGGUGGCAGCACCGGGCGGCUCGGAGCUGCUGCUGCCCGCGGGCAGGGAGCGCCGAGUCGCCAUCGGGGCCCGCAACCUCCCGCAGCCUCAGUCGGGGCAGCGCGCCUACUCGUGCGCCCUGCGCGUGCAGGGAGUCACGCUCAGGGUGGCCGCGCUGCGCUUCAACAGCUCCAGCGUGCAGUGCCAGGACGCCACGUACAACUACGACGGCGACUUCAGCAACCUGACGGUGGAGUUCUCCAUCACGUGGAACGGAGGCUUCACCAUCGACAACCCGGCCAACAUCACGAUCUCGCUCUACAAGUGCUGGGCAUCGCGCGACACGUGCGGUCGCUGCCUGAGUGCCGACAAGCGGUUCGAGUGUGGCUGGUGCGGCGGUGGCCGCGCUGCUGCUGCUGCCGCUGGCGGCGCGGCUGCUGGGAACAGCGGUGGCGGUGGCGGGCGGUGCACCCUGAAGCAGGAUUGCCCAAACGACCGCUGGCUUCAGCGGGGAGAGGAGGAGGAUGAGGAGGAGGGAGCAGCUCCGACUCGCUGUCCCAACCCGCGCAUCUCCCAGUUCUAUCCAAGCUCGGGCCCCAGGGAGGGCGGCACGCGUCUCACCAUCCGCGGAGAGAACCUGGGCCUGGCGUUCGGGGAGGUCAGCGCUGGCGUGACGGUGGCCGGGACGCCGUGCCACGCGCUGCCGGAGGGAUACGUCCCGUCUGAGCAGAUCGUCUGCGAAAUCGAGGGGGCGACCCAGGGGACCCCCGAGAGGGGCCCCGUGCGCGUGUGCGUGGGGGACUGCACCCCCGAGUACACGGCGGUGUCGAGGCACGACUACGGCAUCUUGAGCCCGGCCGUGUGGGACCUCCGACCGUCGAGGGGUCCGGUGUCGGGCGGCACGAGGAUCACCCUGAUUGGCCACGACCUGGACGCCGGCAGCGAGGUCAAAGUUCAACUGGGAGAUCUACCGUGCCGCCUGGAGAGCCGCUCGCGCUCGGAGGUGGUGUGCGUGUCGGGCGCCAGUGGCCGGCUGCACAACGCGACGGUGGCGGUGUGCGUGGACCGCGCCUGCCUCGCCCCCGCUCUGCACUUCCGAUACCAGGAGGACCCCCGCAUCCUGAGCGUCAGCCCCGAGUGGAGCAUCUGCAGUGGGGAGACGCCGCUCACGGUGACGGGGCAGAACCUGGGAUUGAUCCAGCAGCCCAAGGUCCGGGUCCUGCACAGCGGUCGGGAGACCAUCAAUACGUGCGUGGUCUACAACGACACGCGCAUGGUGUGCAAGGCGCCGAGGAUCACGACGGAGCCGCUGGGGCCCGCCGGCCUCGAGCCGGGUCUCGGCCCGUCGCGAGUCGACGAGUUCGGCUUCGUGCUCGACGCGGUGCGCUCGGCGCUCGUGGUCAACGCCUCCAGCUUCCUGUACUACCCGGACCCGGCCUUCGACGUGCCCCUCGCUGGCGCCGUCCACGUCAAGCCCGGCACGCCCAUCAUCCUCAAGGGCCGCAACCUGACGCCGCCGCCCUCUUCCGGGGGGCUCCGCCUCAACUACACAGCGCUCGUGGGGGGCCGCGUGUGCACCGUGGCGAUCUCCGAGACCCAGCUGCUCGUCGAAUGCCCCCCCAACCUCACCGGCCGGCACACGCUGACGGUGUGCGUGGGCGGCGUGGAAUUCGCCGCCAUCACCGUGCAGCUCUAUCCGGACAAGUUGCUCACGCUGCCCACCAUCGUCGGCAUGGCGACGGGAGGAGGGCUCCUCUCGCUGGUCGUCGUGGCGAUGCUCAUCGCCUACAAGCGCAAGUCGCGUGAGAGUGACCUCAACCUGGAGCGGCUGCAGACGCAGAUGGACAACCUGGAGGCGCGCGUCGCCCUCGAGUGCAAAGAAGCGUUUGCGGAGCUGCAGACAGACGUGGACGAGUUGACGAGCGACGUGGACGGCGCCGGGAUCCCGCACCUGGCGUACCGCACGUACGCACUUCGCGUGCUCUUCCCGGGCAUCGACGACCACCCGGUGCUUCGGCCACUCGAGGUGGCUGGCCACGGGCAGGAGAGCGUGGAGAAGGGCCUGGCGCUCUUCGAGCAGCUGCUGGGCUGCAAGCUCUUCCUGCUGGUGUUCGUGCGCACCCUGGAGGCGCAGCGCGGCUUCUCGAUGCGCGACCGCGGCAACCUGGCGUCGCUCGUCAUGGCCGCGAUGCAGGGCCGCAUGGGCUACGCCACGGACGUCCUCAAGCAGCUGCUCGCCGACCUCAUCGCCAAGAACCUCGAGAGCAAGGGACACCCCAAGCUACUGCUGCGGAGGACCGAGUCGGUCGCAGAGAAAAUGUUGACCAACUGGUUCACCUUUCUACUCCACAAGUUUCUCAAGGAACGAGCGGGCGAGCCCCUCUUCAAGCUGUACUGUGCCAUCAAGCAGCAGAUGGAGAAAGGUCCGAUCGACACGGUGAGCGGGGAGGCACGAUACUCGCUCAGCGAGGACAAGCUCAUCCGCCAGCAGCUGGAGUACCGCACGCUGACCCUGAACUUGGUGAACCCGGAGAGCGAGAAGGGCCCAGAGGUUCCGGUGAAGGUGCUCAACUGCGACGCCAUCACCCAGGUCAAGGAGAAGCUCCUGGACGCGGCCUACAAGAACGUGCCCUACUCGCUGCGGCCCCGCGCCUCCGACCUCGACUUGGAGUGGCGGCCCGGCAGGAUGGCGCGGGUCAUCCUGCAGGACGAAGACCUGACGACGAAAAUCGAAAACGACUGGAAGAGGUGCAACACCCUGGCUCAUUACCAGAUUCUGGACGGCUCAGUGGUGGCGCUGGUGCCAAAGCAGCUGCCCACGUGCCACCUGGCGCACCUCUCGCUGACGCGCUCGCUGCCAAGCCGCUACGAGAGCCUGGCCCGGUGUCCCGGCAGCCACGAGAGCCUGCGCUCGCGAGCGCCCAUGAUCACGCCCGAGCUGGAGAGCGGCACGCGGCUCUGGCACCUGGUGAAGACUCACGACCACCCCGACCAGAAGGAGGGCGAGCGUGGCAACAAGAUGGUGUCUGAGAUCUACCUCACCCGCCUGCUCACCACCAAGGUGACGCUGCAGAAGUUCGUGGACGACCUCUUCGUCACGGUGUUCGGCAUCUCGCACGGCGGCUCGACGCUGCCCCUCGCCAUCAAGUACAUGUUCGACUUCCUGGACGAGGAGGCCGACCGCCACCAGAUCCACGACGCCGACGUGCGCCACACGUGGAAGAGCAACUGCCUGCCGCUGCGCUUCUGGGUGAACGUGAUCAAGAACCCGCAGUUCGUGUUCGACAUCUACAAGAGCAGCAUCACGGACGCGUGCCUCUCCGUCGUGGCGCAGACCUUCAUGGACUCGUGCUCCACCUCGGAGCACCGGCUCGGCAAGGACUCGCCCUCCAACAAGCUCCUCUACGCCAAGGACAUCCCCAGCUACAAGCACUGGGUGGAGAGGUACUACGCCGACGUGGCCAAGAUGCCCGCGAUCAGCGACCAGGACAUGAACGCCUACCUGGCCGAGCAGUCGCACCUCCACGCAUCCGAGUUCGACACGCCGAGCGCCCUCAACGAGAUCUACGCCUACGUCAAGAAAUACCACGCCGAGAUCCUCGGCGCGCUGGAGCGAGACGACCAAGCGAGGAGGCAGCGUCUGGCCCAGAAGCUGCGGCAAGUCAUCGUCUGCAUGAGCUGGGAAGGCUGACGGCGGCGGCGAAGCCAUGACGGGGUCACAGCGACGGCGGUCGUGGUGGUGGUUGUUGUUGCGGUGGUCGCGGCGGUUGGUGGACACGGUGGCGGGGAGAUAAUUAGGUCGCCACCAUCCUCCCCGCACCUCCUCAUCGUCUCCUCCUCUGGCAAUCUAACAGACUCGGUCACCGGGGCACGCCGCCGAUGCUCGGACGAGCGUCGCGACGUCGCCCGAGGAACUUUUGAAACCUAACUCGGGCGGAAUUAUUUUUUUAUUUAUGAUCGUCAACAUUAACUUUUUUGUUUUUGUUUCAACAAAAAGCAACGACUUGACCGCCAUCGCCGAGUCGACGUCGUUGAGUCAGCGUUGAGUCGUCGUUGAGUCGUCGUUGAGUCGGCGCGACGCCACAAACACAAACGAAUCUUCCCGGGAUGUUUGGCAACAAAAUAGAAACUUCCCCAGUGGGCUGCUGUCAAGAAUCAGUCGUACCUCUGGCCCGGCCCACGACCCCGGAAAAAGUUCAAGCUGCGGAUUAGACAUCGCGCUCGCAGCUCGCAACCGGAAGCUGAAGAACACACACGCACGCCCCCCCCCGAUCCCCCGCCUCUCCCCCGCCGCCACACUCCCUGUCAGUUUUCCCGCGAUACUUGGGACAAGAACGGAAACGCAAAAAUAUAUAAUUGAUCAAACGAGCGUGUUUGUUUUUGUUCAUCGAGACAGGCAGCUUCCAUGAAUGUUAUUUUAGAGCGUGUGCAAUUUUAUUUUGGGGAUCGUGCGCUUUACACUGAAUGCUGUGUUCAAAAUUCGUGGAAUUUUUUUUCUUUCGUUCCGUUUGUACCCGUUUGUUCAUGAAUGCGAGCAUGUCAAGAAUGAUGGAAUUCCUCCACUUUGCCUGAUCUGGCUGCCUGAUCGCCUGGUCGCUUGGCUGGUUGGGGCACCAAAAACUCCACGGUCAGCUGUUUCAAUGUUUGGUGUCAACCUGGCACGUGACAAGCUUGCCUCUCCAAGAACCGCCUUCCUCUCCGAUCCACACAAUCCACACGGUCAACGCGAGACCUUCGCGCUUCCCCAUCAGCCGAUAGAGUUUCCAAAUCGUCCACGUUCUUAAAAGGACAUCUCCGAUAUUCGAUAGUUUCUGAUUCCAUGUCUCCGGCCGAAUGUUGAGAGUAAAAAAAAGAUUUUGUCAUUUUUUUUGCGGGGCAUAGGCGGUUGCGAGAAGCAUUGUCCAUACUGGGUGAGGGUUUGUCUGCUCAGGCAGACGCUAACCAGUGAAGCUGGACACAUUUGGUUGGAUCCAAAGCCCCGUCGGCUCAUGGAUUGAAACAAUAGUUUAUUUCUAGCCGUACACAGCAGGACGAUGGGCCGAUUAUUUAAUCAUUUUACGCAUCACCUGUGGGUACUCUACGGUGGCAUGUCAAUGGGUUUCGUAGAGGGAGACUGGCUCGCAGUGUUUUUACGAGCGAAGAAAAAAACUCCCAGUGCCCGCACCGAUGUUUGCCACCUGCCGGGAAUCCAACUUGGAUCCGGGGGUCCCUGGCGCAGUCCACUGACCGCUGCACCACCGCUCCACCUGAAACUGUUAUAAGACAGCAUUAAUGGACGCAAGUGGUCAUCAUUAUUACCAAUUAAAUAUUUAUACUCUAACAAUUAAUCGGUGGCUACGCAGUGUUAAGACUGCCCUCUCUGUCUCAUCUGAAGAAGGGGCCCUUGCCCGGGGCACUCGACCUACCGCCGCACAGCACUAACCGGAUCAGUGCUGACGCGUUCCUAAAAUCGGUGUUGCUUGUUACGGGCCGGCGGUCCUCGCCCCGAUGCAGCGUCGCUUCGCAAACCCGAGGGCGAUGCUUCCCUCCGCCACCGCGCUCCAUCAAGAGGCCACGAUCCCGUUGAGGGUCGCACAACCAACCGGGACACAUCAUGGGCAGAGGAGGAAGACGAGAGGGGUGGGGGGGAAAGGUGUUAUUUUCCUAAACCAGGACAGGUGGCAAACCCUUCGUUGUGAUCGUUACCAAGUGGCCGUUAGAAACAGGAUCUCGACAGGUCCAGUGACAAUGAUCGGUAGUGUCCGGGCUAUCGUGGGGCUGAGGGUGGGGGGGGGGGUGCGGAAGGGAAGGGGGGAUUGGGGACUGCCACACGUUCAACUCGUUUUGUGAGCCGGUGGCCUGAACGAUAAUAGUGGGGCCACUACUUCAGCUCUUCCGAACUGGUGGUUUAGACAAGGCUGAGAGCAUUGCACGUGCCACAUGGUGGUCGCGUUGAGAUGUGUGCGAGGCACGAUGGGAGCCGUGCCUUCCCGACGUUUGCGAGCCUCACACCUGCGUGCGUCAUCCAUUCUGUUUUAUCGGCUGUGGUGGUGGCGUAGAUUUCCAUGUUUUAUCUAAUCAGAGAUUGGCUUCAGGUGGUUCUGUGUUUUAGUUGAGUUUUUUCUUUUUUUUAUUAUUUUGUUCAAGAGGGCAGGAUUGCAGCACCACACCAAAGUCUGCGGGUGGCACGGGUCACGUGUGCUGAUUCCAGGUUACAGGUUGCCCUCGCUUUACGCGGCAGAAGCAGCAGUAGAUGCGUUCCAAAAAGAUGGCGCGCAAAGCGAAAACCGCACGAUGAGACAGAUGCCUGCCGAGUAGCAUGCACAGUACACACACAGUACACACACAGUACACACACACAGAGUACACACACACAGUACACACACACAGUGCACACAGUACACACACAGUACACACACACAGUACACACACAGAACCCACACACACAGUACACACACAGUACACACACACAGAGUACACACACACAGUACACACACAGUACACACACAGUACACACAAUACACACACACAGUACACACACAAUACACACACAUUACACACACAAUAUAUACACACACAGUACCCACACACAGUACACACACAGUACACACACAGUGCACACACACACAGUACACACACACACAGUACACACACAGACACAGUACACACACACACAAUACACACACACACAGUACACACACACACAGUACACACACAAUACACACACAGUACACACACACAAUACACACACAGACAUACAAUACACACACAGUACACACACACAGUACGCAUAGUACACGUGCAAUGUUGUCCCACUUUCGACCGCAUCGCCACCGCAUCUGCACUAAUUCAAAACCGCACACAUUGCGAAUUUUGGGUAAAAAUAGUUUCGCUCGAAAUUGCACAAACCGAACCCCUGCGCAGAGCGAUGGAAACCUCUAUUCAUUGUCGCUUGUAUAUAUAUAUAAUUAUUUUGUGUUGUCCAGGGCCCAGAGACAAUUUUACGGAAUGGAGCGUUCUCCCAAAUCGGAGGUCGCGUGGCCUCCGACGCCCACAACGGGGACACGAGAGAGAGGUUCACUAAAUGAACGAGAUCUGCUCGGAGCGAGCCGUGGUCGGUUUCAUAAAACACCUCCUUCCGCGAUGUUUCCCACCGAAAAGUUCGCGAACGGAGUUAUGCGUGUUAACGAAGCAGGAAUAUGUUUUCCACUUGAGGAAUUUUAUACGCCACUGCCCGGUAAACGCCCCAACGUCGUUUGGGCCAACGUUGGGGGCGAACGUUGGGCGAACGUUGGCCCCGAAACCGUUGGGGGGGGGGGGGCGUCGUUGUGCCAGAGGUUGAAACCCGAUCAUUGGUUCGAACGUUGGCGUAUUUGCUGGGUAGCGGCAGCAGAGGGUGUUUGGGGAUUCCAGGAGGUGUGCACGGGACAAAGAUGAGGUGUCAAUCAGCGGUCGCGCGUGCGCGUGAUGGUUCGUCUUCUUCUUCUGCUUCCUUAUUUCCUCGCCACGACGAGCGGUUAUUAGCGAGCGGGGGGGUGGGGAGGGACAGGCGCUUAUUUUGAGCCGUGAUGAGAAGUGGAGCGCGUUUGCUGGGUGAAAGCAGGCUUUAACCACGCGCGCGCAGACUCGCGCACACAAAGAGGACCUCCCCCCACCGCCGGCCUCCCACGCCUUCCCCAAAAACUACCGUUGUGACGGCACAGUCCAACGUCGCGUAUCCGACUCGCAGGGGACUGAGGCAGAGGCCGAUUUGCGAAACGUCGAUGGACAACGCCAGUGGGCGUGGGGCGGUUAACUUGGUGAGCGUGGAUUUGUGACGGUCGGAUACGUGGCGAUGCGCUGGUCUAUGCUAUGGUGAGCAAGUGCCGUUAGCGAGCACCCAUUUGGGCUUUCGAGGUCGUGCGGGCAGAUCCACGUUUUCGCGAGGCUGCCUUUGUCUCCCCAGUGCUAACGUUUUACACAUCGCGUUAGCUACGAGUUUAAGGCUGCGUCGACCUAGGGGAAGCCCAGUAAAGGUUCAAGAUAUCACUCAUCACUGAUGUUAGCCACGGCCAGACAUCGAACCCAGGUGGCCGGGUUUACAGUGCUGUGCGAAAACCAUCACGCUAUUGGGGCAAGUGCUGUUAGCGAACACCCAAGAGGACCGGCACGGCACACGAGGGAGUGGUUUGCCAGCACCGCGCUCGGCCGCCUUUGUCUCCCCAGUGGCGAUGUUUAUACAUCGCACACAGGUAACUCAUUUAUAGCCGAGUCGACCUAGGGGGGGCCCAGGACGGGUUCAGAAAAUCCUCGCUGACGUUGGCCUUGAGCGGGAAACCGAACUCGGGGUGGGGGGCGGGUUUCUUUCCGGGUUUGUUGCGAGUGCAGCAGCGGCUGAACACCGUGCCACCGCUCCCACUCACACGCGCUCCCACUCACACGCGCGUACACAAACACACGCGCGUACACAAACACGCGCACGCACGCGCGCGCGCAGAGGGCGCGGCGCGUUCGUUAAUUUGAGCAGGUUCCGCGCAUUGCGUCGGCUUGUUUCUGCGUUAAUUCUACACGCGCAGAUAAAUCGCAGAAACCCAUUAGGCUUUCCACUACGCCCAUUACGGCAAGCUCCCGGUAAUUGCCGCUCAGCCUCAUUAGGGUCUUCUCCCCACCGCGCUGGAGGCGUGGAUUACGGUUUCAGAGGCGCGCCGAAGUAGUGUCUUAUUUCCGAGCGCAUCUGUGCAAGUGGUAGAACAUUUUUUUUACAGACACAUUUAUAUAUUUUUUAUUAUUAUUUUGUCCUCUUUGUUGUUGGAGUCACCGUUUUAUUUUGUCAACGGAGCUCAUUUCAACGAGACGUCUCUGUCUGUGCUGAGACGCAAGUCACUUCGCCCGAGCCUGCAAACUCAAAUUUUUAACCCGUCCGCGCCACUAGAGUACAAGCUAUACGCCUAUUCACAAUAAUAUAACAUUUUUUCUCGGUAUUAUUGGCCACAUUACUCUGUGGUGGUGAUGAUGUUGUUGCUGCUGCGUUGGCAGCGGUGCACAAGCACAAGUAAUAAUAAUAAUAAAUCAACACACAAAAGUCUAUAUUAGGUGAUGUUUUGGACAAAGGCCAUUUUUCAAAGACCAUACAGAGGCCACUUAUUAUCUCUACCGCUCUGGACUCUCUCUCUUGGGUGCUCUAAAGAAGAGGCCACACGCAGUGGUAUUGACGAAUGUGUAACGUUUUUAUUUAUUUAUUUUACCGCCGCACCAGCUAUUAAUUUCAGUCUGAGUCGACCUCGGGGCAGGCCCAUGGUCCGGUUCAUGUUGGCCGUGAGCAGCAAAUCUAACUCGGGGGGGGGGGGGGGGGUGAAUGGUGCGUCACCAGAUCCAUAGCGUAGUGCAGCGCUAACCACUGCGCCACCGCUCCCCAGAAAGUACACACACACAAAACAGACGAGGUUGUCAUUUAAAUAUACAGCUUUUCCGCCUAUAUUUCUGUAAUCGUACGAGGAAUUAUGAAAUUAGCGUCACGAGGACUUCGAUGGACACGGCGCACUCAAACAAUUCUCGGUGCCGGUGUUGCGGAUUGUUGCGUUGGCAUCGCCUGUGGCUGACGGCAGCGGCUAGGUCCAGCAACCUGUGAUGGGGUCCGAGGGGAAGUGUGGUUUAAAUCGCAAGUGGGUAAACUUGUUACAACAAAAUAUACAUAAAAUAACUGGGCGGUCAAAUCGUUUUCACCGAAUGUGAACAAGUGAAGGCGUGUCGCACAGACUUCCCGUUAAAAAAAAAAAAAACAGCGUUAUCGGCUCGUUUAAGGUUGUUUGCCCGUACUUCACCGCGUGGGUCAGUGCGGGUUUGCGAACGCGUGGAGAGUUUUUAUUUUUGCAUCUGGGAGCAUCAGAGUGGGGCACUUCCCCGCAAUGUAGUCGCCGCCGCCGCCGCAGAUUUUUGUCCACGGUGGUGGUCACCCACCCAAGCCACGGUUCAGGCUCCAAAAUCCGCGUAGUCUUCCAAGACGCCGCAUUCCUGGGUGAUUCGGUCAUCGUCAACGGACGCUUACGUCACGCUAAAAUCUUGAUUUACUUUUGCACAAACUCCACAACAAUGAGUAAUUAACCAAUCGAUGGUUAACCUACGUGUGGUCGGAAUGUGGACUAUUCACUGCUGGCACAGGGACCCCACCAGCUCCCCUAUGGACACGAGCACUUCCCCCACUCACGUGUGAGCAUCGGGGGUAGGUGGACGCGGGGGUGAUAUGUCGGCUGUAUUUUUCAGAAUCGAUUCAUGCGGAAACAAAACGCUCGGGUUCCUUUCGUUUUACCAUCGCGUGCUUGGGUUUAAUUACGAGUGUCCGAUCCUCGUGUGUAUGCGUGCGCAUGAUGAAUUGUAGUAUUAUUCUUUCAACGUGACCCACCCGCCCGUCCUGCCAGCCAGAAAAACUUUGUUUUUAUUUUUUACGGUAUGAUUAUGCUUGUUUUAUUAAGGAAAACCUCACUGAGUCUCACGACUCAUUUUCAGGAGUGCCCUGCCAGGCUUUCACGGUAGGGGUGGGCGAUGAUUGCCACGUGUAAUCCCAAUUGAGUGACUCGCGGUGUCAUUUCACCAAUUUGGCAAGUUUGGACCACGACGCACAGUGGGCGCUGCUCUUCCGAACGACGUCACGGGAUCAAUUUGCUGGGAGCCUGCCCAUUAAGGCGAGCCUCCCAGUAAUUGCUACUCAGCCUCAUUAGGUACCUUCCCAGCCGCGCUGGAGGCGUGGAUCACAGGGCGAAGUCUCGGCGCGGUCGUUGCGUAUCCCCUGGGCACGUCGUUUGUGAACGUGAAGCGGGCGGCGCGACGCAUCGCCAACACGCGCGCCGCCGGAGUCAUCGUGGGCGUACGGCGGGUUCCAAACCCACGGACCAAUGCAGCAAGCGGCGAUGCGUCGGUGAAUUAAUCCAUCGGUUUGAAAUCCGAUCUUUCGUCCACGACGCGCAGCAUAGUAAUAACAGGAGUCCGAUAAUAACAAUUAUUUAAAAAAUAAAUUCAGCGCCUAUAAUCGAAAUAUCACAAAGCGCUGUCUGCGUGCAAAUGUCAACGAUCUAUACCAAACAAGAUGAAGUAAAACUUUUAUACAAGACACGGGAAUUAUGGUGAACAGAUCGCAUCAACGCAAUGGUCUAGUGCUCCAAGAGCAACGCUAUAGAAGUGAUUUGCUAUUGCAGGUACAUGGCGUAGCCACGAGCCCAGUAAACGUGCCAGCCUUGGCCCAACGUUGGCAUGUGGCUGGAACCGUUGGGCGAACGUUGGGCCAACGUCCCACGUUUCCUGAUAGAAUUCUAAUGUUUGGUUUGAGUGUCGAACACAUCGAGGUCACCUUCAACAGUCUUGACAAAAUACCGAACAUACAAAAUAGUGGCACGAGUAAGUGGCCCUUCGUGAACCCGCGCCUGCAGUCCGGUGACUUGGGAGGCAUGGCUGGUUGAUCGUGUGUACAUCCGAUCACCCAUCAUAUUAGCGAGACACCCACCUUUGGGGUAGCGAGGUUGUGUCUGCGGUAGGCAGCGCAGCAAGUAGGUUAACGACACGCGAAGUCGUGGACUCGUUUGGGUCCCCCCCUCCGGGGCCAUCUGCUCGAUGCGCACAUGCGACAAUUACUUGAGGGGGAGAAGAAAUGAACCGGCUACAACAUCCCAGUGGUCGCAGGACCCUCCUAAACUUGAGUCCCUGAGACUCGGAGAGGCUUUCCUGGGCUAACAAAGGCAUUUGCUUCGUAAAAACGAGUAGCGAUGGAAAAGUUCAUGCCCUGGCGUCGAAAGCAACGAGUGAAUCUCAUGAAAGCUGGGCUACGUCUGGACAUCGUUCUCUUGAGGUGCAGUGCACUUGGUCCAGGGUCGUCAUCAAUAUCGUCAGCGACGUGCCGAGGAUAUUAAACCUCGCAAGAACGAUUUGCCUCGCUCCUCAAACCAUGCCGAACUCACAGCUCUCACGCCGCUUCAUUUGUCACGAGAAAACCACUCGCGUUGCCCACGAGUGACUCUUUAACUGACAACAUAUGGAAGGCACUGGGAGCCAGGUUUGGUGAUUGUGAGUUUUCUGCGGAUUUCUCUGGAUAUUCUCUAUUUUUCUCUCGGUGCUUCAGAUUUCUCCAAUGUUUUUUUUUAUUCAGUGAACACUUUAUGAGUUGCAAUUCAAAUUUUUUUUCUUCUCAAAACUAGAGCGAUAAUAUAUCGCCGUGCAACAUGUUAACCCUUCAAGUAGCGUACCUUUAACUGAACAUUUCACCCUUUGCUUUAAUCCGAAGUCUCGCCACGAACUUUCACACCAUCGCUUACGCUUACGAGAUAAGUCGCUCUCUUUACCGGGGUGUCCGUCACACCGGAAUUCCAUCCGAGUGGUGGACGUCUCGUCGAGUGUGCAGACGGUGCAACUGCAUUGGUGAACCACGCCGACCAGUAGGGCCCCAAGGCAUCGGGCUACAAACAGUGGCGUGGGGUGGAAAUUGAACCGGGGGCCCCAAUUGACAUAUCUUGUCCCCAGGGCCCAUGCCAACCGCGCCACGACGUUACGCCAUGGGUGGGGGGGGGGGACUGCGUUUCGUCGUCGCGGAAAGAGGGUGCGGACGCAGCCGCUCACGGGUGAAGAUCGACGCGGGGAUGAGAGAGAAAAGAGGAAGAGCCGAGACGGCGCCGUGGCAAAAAGUGGCUCCCGCUCGAUCUGGCCAAAACAUCAAACAAACAAAAACAAUCCCGGGACAAGACCCGCGUGCGAUUCCGUGGCGUCCGCGUCGGGACACCCCCCACCCCCCCCGCCCUGGGCGAUCGGUCGCACGCAACUCGGUUCCGUGCGACUGAAUCCCACGCACGCGCGUUGGCGUUGACGCGCGUGCGUGCGGCGAUCAAGCCGGGCAACUGGCUGCACCUGGCGGGGCGACGUGGAGUUUGCUUCGGAGCGGACACACCGAGUUGCGGAGGUUUUAGUCGCCGCUCCGUCGUGGCUGGUGGCUUUUUCGUUUUUCGCGACCUUGUCCGUCGGGCUACUUGGCCACUCUCGGCGGGAACGUCGUUGUCGGCGGAACCGCUGGGGGAGGGGAGGGGAGGGGCGGGGCGGGGUGAUCGACCAACUGAUCGAUGGAUCGAUCAGUUGGUCGAUCGAUCGCCGGUGCGGAAAUGUUACGAGAACGUUGCAGAUCGUUUUUUUUUUUUCGGCGCGCGAGACAAAACAAAAACGGCCUUAAGUUGCAAUUUUUUCUACCAAAUAUGUGUUUCUCGGAACAGGAGUUGUCUGUGUUAGUCUUAGUGCACUGACACGCUGUCGCAGACUUCCAUGGCUAUACUUUGGUAUCGCGUUUACGUGUAGUAGAGAGCAGUUUGUGUUGCGAGUCAGUUCCGACAAACUGAUGCGUUCAGAUGUCACCUGUUGUUUUAGCGGCGUCGAUAUGAUUUCACGAUAGCGAUUAGAACUUUCGACCUGGACGGUGAAUUUAAUGAACAGCACAGCGGUUUAGUAAUACGUUGGAAAAAAAUAAAAAAAAUAUUAGUUAGUAUCAUUAAUGGUGAUUAUGAAAAUCGAGGCACUUCUUAAAAGAGGGUUACGUUGGUUAUCGGUCAGCACACUGGACCUGGCAAUCCAUAGGUCGCCUGGAUUGAUUCCAUUUCCCGGCACGGCAGUCGAAACAACGGUGCGAGGUUUUUUCUUAAAUCUCCACUCCCCCACCCGCCUCCUGCCCCCCACCCGCCCCCGCCUCUGUCCACCCAUCAGUGUAAAUGGGUAGCGCUUAGUCGAUAGGGGCAGGUUGCUUCUGGCGGGGGGGAUAGUGUGGGUAUGUCCCCGCCUCGAUCAAGACGUACCUGCCCGCGUGGAGGAGUAGGGCCACAGUCAGUGAGUGGCCCUCUGGGGGACAAUUCGCUGGCAGUAGCGCGAGUUAGGACACUGAGGUGGGGGGGAAGGGAUGAUCUUGCACCUUUCUAUUUAUACUGUAGAGCGGAUUAAAUUUUUAAUUGGUUUAUUGCGACGAAAUUAUUCGAUCGAGAUGAAUAUCAUUUAGUGCACUAUUUGCCAUAUUUUUUACCAAGGUCUUACCAGGGUGUUUGUGUCGGGGUUUUUUGUUUGGUGGGGGAAGGGGGAGGAAAAUGAGAAUAAAUAAUUCAGCGGUAUGGCAUCGGAGGACAUGCGAGGUCAACAGAGGUCAACUCGUCAUGCCUCGUAGCGUAAGCGUUUUUUGAACGCCAUUAACGUAAACGCGCGCCUAAACAAAAUCGACAAAAUAUAUAAACUAAUUUGUAAAGAAAGCCGAUAAAAGCGUGCAAAAAAGUUCCACGCUAGGAGAGAUUAAAAAAAAAUUGUAAAAAAAAAAAUUCGAAUAAAAAAUAAUAAUACAAAUUUAACUUGCAACAGAAAACUUCGCCGAGCCAGAUGGACGCAGGGGCCAGGAGAAAAGAAGAAGAUGGCAACAACAAAGUGUCUCAGCUGUGGCUGUAGAAGCGUCGUGAAGAGUGGAGGCCGUCGUAGACGGCGAUAGGGAAACAUUUCACGACGAUGCGGGUGUGGGUGGGUGGGUGUGGGUGGGGGGAUGGGGUAAAAUAAAAACCGAAAGAUUCUACAUUUUCUAGGGAGUCCCGUUGUAAACUACUCUGGCUGUAUUUUGUAUGUAAUUUUCUAGCACAUCUGACGCGUCAUUUCGUGUAGGCCAACGUGUGGCUCCCCUCCACCGCGUGCAUCCCUUACCCCCCCCUUUACCCCCCCCCCCCCCGUACUCCCCUCCAUGCCGUGCUUGAGAUAUCAGGCUUUCGGAAUGAGCCACGUGCGUGGUGUUUGUGACCCAGCCCUGCAUCCCCUCCCCGCCGUCUCCCUCGACUUCCAAGUCCGAUUGUAAUGUGACGUCGUCUCGGCAAGAGGCAUUUGUGUCAAAUUAAAUCUCCUCUCAAA